UUAAGAUCUAUUUGUCAUCGUCCAGUGCUGUACGAAUACGUAUUUUACCACGAGCUGUAGCAUAUUUAAACAAUAUUGGAGCUGAAAUAUUAAAUGAACAAUUACCGCGUUUGUCAAUACCAAAUGUUAAACAGCGUAUCAACAAUGGCCAAGGAUAUAUUUUACUAUCACGAAUACGUGUAUCACGAUAUAAACAAGCAACUCAACAUACCAUUUCUACAUCAGCACCAAAUAAAAUUACUUGGAUUAUGAAAAAUUUAAAUAUGGGAUUAAUAGGAAGUUUAUCAGGGGAAGUCAAUAUACUGGUACCGAUGAAACUUGAAGGUGAAGCUGAAGUUUUAGCAUAUGGUGUUAAUUUUCAAUUAGAAAGUGCACUAGAACGAUCAGAAACAGGAGCAGCACGAGUGUCAACAAUUUUUUGUCGUACGACUAUUCAAUUAAUGAAUAUUGAAAUUUAUAACGGUGAGCAAAUUCGUUCAUUGAUUGAAAUAUUAAUUUGCAAAAAAGUAACCGAAUUUAUCAACGAAGAUUUCAAUGAGAAAUUAUUACAAAGUCAAACAAAAACAUCACUAGCAGAUGCAGUACGUCUGAAUACCUUUGCUGCAAUUGUUGGAUUACCUAACAGUAAAGAAUUGAUGGAAACUUUUCAAGCAUUUAAUAUUACUGUUACUUAUCCUCUUUUCGAG